GUACUACAGUCAAAAGAAGUGGUGGAGAAAAAGAGAAGCAAAAAGAAAAUGGAUGUGGUAGUGAGGACGAAGUUGGUAGUGAGGACGAAGAUGGUAGUGGGAUUAAAGAUGGCAGUGAGUAUACGCCUAGCAUUAUCGCACCCACCACAUCGACAAAAAGUUCCCAGCAGCUUUUAAGCAAUGAGGACAGCGUCCUAUUCCUAACUGUGUUUGAUGAACUAAUUAACUCAACCAGGCAAAUCACCAAGGCAGUUGUAUAUGAUAAAUUACGUGCUGAACCAAAAUUAUCCCAUCUUGAAAAGCAGUGCGCUUUCCGUCAACUAGCAGACAAAGUCCGCACAGAGAGAAGAAGAAGAGGAAGAAUUAUAGCAAGAGGAAAUGAUAAAAGAAAGAGAGCUAGAAAAUAG